ACGCCCCUUUAGUCACAUGACAUGUGGUAGCCAGCUAAGAAAAAGCCCAGUAAAGACCCGACAAAACAGUCUGUACCUUUUUUACCUUUAUUCUUAGCUACCCGAAAUUAAUUUUGUUAAAAAUGAAAGUUCUGUAUUUAUUUGUUGUUUGUCUCGGCACGGGGGUAAUGGCCGGGAAAUACUCUCGGGAGUUGAACGAUCCUAAGGCAGGCGGCGGUGACGAACAGACGGUCGAAUUCAGGAUAUCGAAGCUGAACCAAGUGUGGAACAAGGCCUUGCGGAUGCAGUUGUCCCCUGUGAAACAAGCUGAGCUGCACAGUGACCUGAAGAUACAGGAGAAGGAUGAGCUGCACUGGAAGAAAAUGAAAGUGGAGGGCCUGGAUGAAAACGGAGAGAAAGAGGCCCAAAUCCGCCGAAAUUUCAAUGUGAUUCUGGCCAAGUAUGGGAUGGAUGGCAAAAGGGAUACAAGACCUCUGGAGAGCAACUCCGUGAAGGACCAUGAAAUAAAAGACGGCGACGUAUUUGAUGAUCCAAAGCUGGACAAACUUUGGAACAAGGCUAAAACCUCAGGAAAAUUCUCGGAGGAGGAGCUGCAAAGCCUGAAGAGAGAGUUCCAGCACCACAAAGACAAGAUCCACGAGUACAACAUCAUCAUGGAUACUGUCAGCAGGACAGAAGAAAUUCACAAGAACGUGAUCUCCCCUUUGGAGGGCGAUACUAAAGAGCAGGAGGUGCAGCAGAAGCACACAGAGCUGAAGCAGAAGAUGAGAGACCUCAACCAAGGCUUCGAGCGCCUCCGCAAGCUCAGCCACGAGGGCUUCACCGAGGACAGCGAAUUUCGGGAGCCGCGUGUGAUGGAACUGUGGGAGGCUGCCAAGAGAGCCAACCUCAGCAAAGAUGAGCUGGACUCUCUUAAGGAGGAGCUGCAUCACUUUGAGACCAAGGUGGAGAAGCACAGUCACUAUCAGGAGCAGCUGGAGCUUUCCCACCAGAAGCUGCAACACGUGGAGGCUUUAGGAGACAAGCAACACAUCAAGAAGAACCAGGAGAAGUACAACAUGCUGGCCGAGAAGACCAGGGAGAUGGGAUACAAGAUGAAGAAACACAUGCAGGAUUUGAACCAAAAGAUCUCAGGUCAGGGUCUCUCCCACAAUGAGCUGUGAGACCUUCAGCACCGUCUUACUUUGCCAGUGGAGGAUCAAUGAAAUCAACGUCUUGCUGCCUGCUUUCCAUCUCAUUCUUCCAGUCGGCGCUGUAAAAAUCAAUACUUUUUUUUUUGUUUCUAGUUUUCUAGCAUUUUCUUGUUGAUUUGUUUCAAAUGAAUCACCAGUCUGUACAUACCAUAUGAUCAGUUCUUUUUUGUAAUAAAUAAAUAGUGCAAUGUCAAUAAAUGUAUUUACAUGUG